GUGUUGAGGCAGGGUAGCAGUGCUACCAUACUCACUCUCCUUCCUCACUCUAACCUGCUAACACAUUCAAUAAUUACUCGUCAUGGAGUGGUUUACGAUUACACUACUUCCACUGCUGGUUCUUCAAGUUGCUGCUCAAUUCCCUCGAACUUACCAAGAUGUUAUUCCAGCGCCAGGACUACCCAUCAACAUUCCCUCCAAUGAUGUUUCUCCUGUGGGAAACUUGGAUAGCAACUUUAUUCCCCUGAGUAAUACUCCAAACUUUCAAUUUGGUCAACAAAUAUUUCCUCCACGAUUUGGUUUUAACUUUGAUAGUACACGUUCUGGCCAAAUUGGUUCUCUUCCUCAAGACAUUGGUAUCGGACAAAUUAUUCCUUCUAAUCUCGGCCUAGAUAUUCGUCCAGCCCUGAGCCCAAAUGUUGCCAACUUUGGCACUGGUUCUGGUCCAACUUUCAGUGGUGCUGGCCAAGUCCCAGUGCUUAACUUCGGCCAAGCUUUAGGCAGUGGUCCAGCUGAUAGCCUACCCUUCCGUCAGAGUAUUACAAGCGUUCCCCAAUUUCAAAUACCCAGCAAGAGAAUUGAAGUUAUUAGUGGAAGACCUGUCUUCGGCAGUCAAGUGAACAGGGUAGAUAACUUCUUGAACCCAACUAUCACUCAGGUUGUCACUAUCGACCGCUUCGUUACUCUCACUGAUACAGCAUUCAACAGCGUAGCUGUUACUCUUACUUCCUUAAUUGUGCAAACAGUCACUACUGGAACAACAUUGGUACUAAGCACUCCCAUUAAUGACCGCAUCGCCCUGCAAACAUCGGUGGUACUUCGGCCUUCAUCGGUCACGCUUACCGAAGUAAAAUCUGACUUCAGAAUCGCUACGGAAGUGUCCAUAGAUCACGUAACAAUAACCCACACAUCCUACAUCAUAAAGCAGUUUACAUACACCACCACUGCCACUCAGAUACUAACCUACACAUCAACGUUGGUGCGGACGAAUGUAAAUACAGAAAGGAGCACUAUCACAGAUUACCUUACAGUGACUGACACUGUAUAUGUCCAGAGAGGCUAUGGAUCUCUUCCUUAAGGCACCAGCUUGUUAAUACUUUGUUCCCGGUUAUAAGAAUAAAUCUUAAUUUAG